AUGGAAGAGAAUACGGAACUAUUCAAUAGCGAAUUAAAUCAGGAGUUGUCUAAAGUUUGUGAAGAAAUGGAGAGGGGUCAACUGUUCGAUUCGUCAUACGAUGAUGAGUUGUAUCAUUACUGUGCGAUGGUUGAAACACAGUUUAACAGUCAACCACUACAACUUGGAAGAGGAACGAAGCGAACGUGCAGCAAAGAAUCCAAGAUCAUCAAAAAACCAACAACGGAAGCAGAAGCGCAUACCUCUGCAGGGAACAGUAUCAGUAACGAUGAUCAAGUGGAAUGUCCAACGUGCCAUAUAUUUAUCAAGAAACGGUAUUUAGCUAAUCAUUUUAAAAGUAAUGUUCAUAAAAAUAAUCUUUUAAAUUCACAUAAUUCUUUAUCAAACGUUAGUGUUAUUGAAUCUGCUUUUGGAAAUAGGAUUUUAACUUAUAAAAUCAAGAGUAGAGUAGAUCGUUCGACAUGGGUAAAUUUUGAAACUCCUGAACUAUUUUUAAAUUCUAUUAAAGAUGAUAUUUUAUUUUUAUUACAAGAGUGUAUUCAUCAACACAUAAUUUUUAAGGUAAACUUCAUAUUGCAUGCUGAUUUUGUUCAACAAACUAAAGAUAUUCAUGAUACGUUCGAUUUUCAAACGCUUAACUAUAUUAUUUGUCAAGGAGAUGACUUAAAUAUUUUUCUUUCAUCUUUAAAUGAUACAAUUACUACUAAAAUUAGUGCUUUCGAAAAAAAAGAUAGUGGAUGGAGUCUAAAAAACAUAAAAUCUAUAGACAUGAAUGUUAAUAAAUUUAACCCCCUACGCGGUACUUCAUACAUAGAUCUUCCUCGUGACAUAAAAUUAAAAAAGGCUGUUAUAAAUGUAAAAAACAAGGAUUAUUUUUGUUUUAAAUGGGCGUUACUCUCGGCGUUAUAUCCUGUAAACAAACACACCGAUCGGGUAUCAUCGUACGUUAAACAUGCAAAUAAACUUAAAUUUGAUGGUAUUUCCUUUCCGGUUAAAAUUUCUGACAUAGCAAAAGUAGAGAAAUUAAAUGAUAUUAGUAUUAAUGUUUUUGGGUUAGAAUAUAAUAAAGAAAAACGAUGUAAUUCUAUAGUAGGUCCAUUAUUUUUAACAAAGUGUCGUAAAGAUAGACAUAUCAAUUUAUUAUUUUUUUCCAAGGAUACAAAAAAUCAUUAUUGCUAUAUAAAAAAUUUAUCGCGGUUAGUUAGUAAACAAAUUUCAAAAGACGGUCACAUCAUGUACAUUUGUGAAGCAUGUCUACUUCGUUUUCCAUCUCAGGAAAGGUUAAAUAACCAUGAACAAUACGAUUGUGCCCACAUUUGUACAGUAUUACCAAACAGUGAAACUUUAAAAAAAAAGAAUUGGUUUGGUCAACCUAUUUCAAAUGAUAAAAUUAAAUUUGAUAGUUAUGAAAAAAAGUUAAAGAUACCAUUCGUAGUUUAUGCUGAUUUUGAAGCAUUUUUAAAACCAAUAGAAUCAUGUUCUAACGAUCCUUCCAAACCUUUCACUCGUAAUAUUCAGAAACAUGAAGUACAUAGUUUUGGAUAUUAUAUAAAAUGUUCAUAUGAUGAUAAAUUAUCAAAAUAUGUAACAUAUUGCGGACCCAACUGUGCAUAA